CCAGGGCCUUGUCCAUUGUGGGUGCUCAGCAAGGCACAGGACCUUGCGAGGAGUGGGGAGGGUCUGGGUGCAGAGAGAACUGCAAGCUUGCAAGCUUGCUUUUCCUUCCGGGUCUGCCUAACCCGCCCUCUGCUCUUCCCAGUCCCUAGGAAUGACUUCAGUGGUGAGUGGGAGGUGCCUGAUGCCUGAAGUCAAAACCACAUCUUUCUAGGACCUCCCCCUCCCCCGCAUCCCUCCACCCCCAUCUCCAAACGCACUGGGUCCAUAGCCUGGAGAAUGCAGCGUGCCCAUUUUACACCCCAGAAAACUGAGGCUGUGAGCCAGGAAAUGAUCUGCCAAAGGCAGCAGGAAUAAAGAGCAAGGCCAGGACAGGCACCCCCGGCACACUCGGGAGCUAGGACAAGAGAGGCCAUUGCCGCCCUUGCUGCCCCCUCGCCAUUCCUCCCAGUAGUAGGAGGGGAGAGCGGGAGCGCCGCGUUCAGGAGCCCCAGCGCGGGGCGACUUGAGGGCCGGCCCGAGUCUCCUCCCUGAUGCGAGCGUCCCAGCGGCGGUAAGGUAAGGGACUCGCUCAGGGUCAGCGAGGCAGUCAGCAGGGCAGCCGGGCUCUGUUCCGGUCGGGCUGCGUCCCCCACAAGGCAUGCGGGUUACGGCCUGAUUCGGGAGUCCUCCAGAGAAGGCCGAGCACAGUGCAGUGACGGCAUUCCUUGGCGAAGCGAAUCAACUCAGAGCGAUUUGCUGGUGAAGGCGAGGAGGCCACAGGCCGCCCUGACUGAAGGAAGCCUCCCGGCGGGGGCAGGCAGAGCAGCCGGCAGCAGCCUGAGGCCAAGCAGCUCCUCCCCGGCUCUGGUCGGGGUCGAGUCCUGGCGUCCAGGCCGCCCGCUGCGACUCGCCCGCCCGUCUCGCGGCGCGCCUGGUGUCUGGGCAGCCGGUGACUUCCAGGACGUGGCGGUGCUCUUCACGAGGGACGAGUGGCGCGACCUGGACCCUUCGCAGAAGGAGAACUAGCGGAACCUCCUCUGCCUGGGGCUCGUCGGGUCCAAGCCAGCUGCGACGUGCCAGGUUGAACGAGGUGGGGGGAGCCUCUCUUCAGAGCUGCCCGGGCCUGGGUCUGCCAGGAGGUCCUUUUACCGCCACCUCCACAGAAGUGUGUCCUGCCAUUUCUUUACUCUCGGAUGCUUCCACUCUCAGGAAGAGAUGAGGACAAUGAGCCUGAAUGCAAGGAGUCAGUUCUAAAGCUGAAUAUUUCUGUGGAGGAUUCAUCCAAAAACAGACUCAUAAGGUCUGGUCUUUGUGUGUCUGGCUUAAAGGAACCCUGGAAAUUUGAUGUCAGAUUAGAGGAGCAGAAGAGUGUUGAAGAGGAAAAUUUCCAGCACGUAAAAAUUCUUCCAAAGAAAACUUUCAAAGAAAUGAUAGUAAGAGAAAGUGAUAAAUACAGCCAAAGCUUCAGUCUAGAGCCCAACCUUUUUCCAGAAGAGGUAUCUGUAGAAAAGAGCCUUUACAAGUACAAUGUCUACAGGAAGAGCUUCAUUCUGUUUUCAGACACGAGGAAAUGUAAUUAAAUCUGCUCAGAGGAGACAUUUUCUCAGUAUAAUGAAUGUGGCCGAUCUUUUGAUUCUAAAUUCGAUUUUAUCGAAUAUCAUAGACUAUAUCCUGGAGAGAAACCUAAUGACUAUAAUGAACAUGGGAAAGCCAUCUGUCUCAAUCCAUUCAUUCAUUCCCAUGAGUCAACUGAUAUGAUGGAGAGAAUCCCUAACAGUAAUAAAUUUAGAGAGGCUUCUUCCAAAACUAGAAAACUUAUUGAACAGAGAUUUCAUUCUGGAGAAAAACCUUAUGAAUGUAAUGACUGUGGGAAGGCCUUCUGCCUAUGGGAAUUCCUUCUUCAGCAUCAGAGAAUUCACACUGGAGAGAAGCCUCAUAAGUGUAAUGACUGUGGGAAGGCCUUCAGCCAAAGAGGACAUCUUACUCUACAUCAGAGAAUUCAUACGGGAGAAAAGCCCUAUGAAUGUAAAGAAUGUGGAAAGGCCUUCCGCUUGAGAGAUCCACUUAUUCAGCAUCAAAGAAUUCAUACUGGAGAGAAGCCUCAUAAAUGUCAUAAAUGUGGAAAGGCUUUCUCUGUAAGGACAGACCUUACCAGACAUCAGAGAAUUCAUACUGGAGAAAAACCUUAUGAAUGUGGUGAAUGUGGAAAGGCCUUCCGUGUGAGGGCAGAGCUUACACGACACCAGAGAGUUCACACUGGAGAGAAACCUUAUGAAUGUAAUCAAUGUGGGAAGGCCUUCCGGCUGAGCAAAGAUCGUACUUGCCAUCAGAGAAUUCAUACUGGGGAGAAACCUUAUGAGUGUAAGGUCUGUGGGAAGGCCUUCUGCCGGAGAGAACCUCUCAUACAACACCAGAGAAUUCAUACUGGAGAGAAACCUCAUAAAUGUGGUCAAUGUGGGAAGGCUUUCUUUGUAAGGACAGAUCUUACCAGGCAUCAGAGAAUUCAAACUGGGGAAAGACCUUAUGAAUGUAAUGAAUGUCAGGAAGUCUUCCAUGUGAGAACAGAGCUUACUAGACAUCAGAGGCUUCAUACUGGAGAAAAACCAUAUGAAUGUAAUCAAUGUGGGAAGUCAUUCCGCCUGAGCAAAGAGUGUAGCCGACAUCAGAGGAUUCAUACUGGAGAGAAACUUUACAAAUGUAAUCAGUGUGGGAAGGCCUGUGUGAAGACAGAGCUAACCCUCCAUCAGAGAAUUCAUACUGGAGAGAAACUUUAUAAAUGUAAUCAGUGUGGGAAGGCAUUCCGCCUGAGUACACAACUUACUCAACAUCAGCGAAUUAGGAGGGCGUUUGAGUGGAAGCUCAGCCUGGUGCCCCUCAGGAAUGUGGCCAGUGGUGGCUGCCUGCUUCCCGUCAGCCAUAGAGGAGGUUGAAGGAGACGUUCGAUGACCUCCAUCAGACAGAGCCUGCUUGCCCGGGGUCUGAGGGGAAGGUGGGCGAGCAGGGACGUGAGGAAAGGCAGGCCUGGGUCUGCGACUGGCCGGAGUGUGUCCUUCCCUCCCAGCAUGCCAGCGGCUCACUGAGACUUCACUUUGGCAGGGAAGAACAAUUCCAGCAUCUGUGUGGGCGCCCGGCCUGGCCGGCUGAUCAGGUCUUGGUGAGAUAUGCCAGCCAAGGUCCUAGAGCAGGGCCGAGGGGAGCCUGGAGGAGGAGGGCCUGAGGGGUCUGCAUGAGCCUGGGGACUUGGGGAAAUGGAGCAAGGUGUCAGGAGGGCCAGCCCGGCCAGAGCCAGGGCUGGGUGGUUGCUUCUUGUGCUUUGUACCGGAGGAAGGCCAAAGCGGCCUCGAUGCUCGGGGGGCCGGCAGGGUCCUGAAGCUCAGCUUAAAAAUAAAAAGAGACAGUGUUGAA